AUGGCCGGCCUCAACGUGUCCCUCUGCUUCUUCCUCGCCACCUUUGCGCUGUGCCAGGCGGCCAGGAGGGCGGCCAGGGCCCUGCUGCCGGCGGGCGCCUACGCCAGCUUCGCGCGGGAGGCGGCGGGCGCCGCCCAGCUUGGCGCCUGCUGCCUGGAGAUGCGGAUGCUGGUGGAGAUCGGGCCCUGGGCGGGGGGCUUCGGCCCCGACCUGCUGCUGACCCUGGUCUUCCUGCUCUUCCUGGCGCACGGAGCCACCUUCGACGGAGCCUCGGCCAACCCCGCCGUGGCCCUGCAGGAGUUCCUCUUGGCGCAGGCCUCGCUGCCCGGCACGCUGCUGAAGCUGGUGGCCCAGGCGCUGGGCCUGGGGGCGGCCGGCGCCCUGACCCGGCUCUUCUGGGGCUGGGAGCUCAGCCAGCUGCACGUCCUGCAGAACCUGAUGGCGGCGCACUGCCACUCUGCCCUGCGCACCUCCGUGGCCCACGGCGCGCUGGUGGAGGGCGCCUGCGCCUUCUUCUUCCACCUGACCCUCCUCCGCUUCUGGAACAGCCCCCCGCUCUUCAGAGUGCCGGCCGUGGCCCUGCUGGUCACCGUCAUGGCCUACGCAGCUGGGCCCUUCACCUCGGCCUUCUUCAACCCUGCCCUGGCGGCCUGGGUCACCUUCCAGUGCUCAGGACACACCUGGCUGGAGUACGCCCAGGUGUACUGGCUGGGCCCGUUGACAGGGAUGGUGCUGGCUGUCCUGCUGUUCCAUGGCCGCCUGCCUCGCCUCUUCCAGAGGAACCUGCUCUACAGUCGCAAGAACAAGUAUCGAACCCCCAGAGGGAAGCCAGCCCCGGGGCCCGGAGGCACCCAGACGCCCGGCCUGGCUGCCUCCGUGGGCUCCGUUCCGGGACCCCUUGCCACGCGGGGGCCUGACGCCCUGGGCACUGACCACCCCGCGCUGACCACACUGGGCCCUGGGCACGCUGGGCGCUGA